CGACCGCCAGGAGUUUUGUUAUCGCACGAACAUGAAGACCGCGGCGAUAACGUGUUGCGCCGCUGCCCUGGUGGUGAUAGUACAAGCUAAUUAUUUCGAUGAAGAUGAGGAUUCACAUGGAAUUAGGAAAAGAGAGGUGAACUGCAAUGACAUGCACGAUUUCGGAGGGCCUCGCGCUCUGGAGACUUGCUGCAGCAAGGCCGUGCACAUAGUGGACCCAAGGCCACCGCCACAUCGAGGUCCCUGCCGCCACCACCAUCGGGGCCCGCCGAGAGGCAGCCAGGAGGACAGGUCCGGGGAGUCCUCGGAGGAGGGUGGACCCGGUGGACCAGGAGGCCGCGGGAAGAAGCGCUGGGGUGGACCUCCACGGCGUGGACCACACGGGCGUGGACCACACGGGCGCGGACCGCCUCCUCACCAGAGACCAGGUGGCAUUGAUGAAUUCAUCAGGUGUAAAUUUCAAGAAGAAUACGAAAACAUGGCUCUCAUGUCAGGCGGUAAGCUCGACCAACCAGCUGUGGUUGCCUACGUAGUGGCUAACAAGACCGGCUGGACUUCUGAGAUAAUGACUGAAAUCGUCAGCAACUGCUCAGCAACAGCAGAACAAAUGGUGGCCGAAGAAAAACUAACAAACUGCACUUCGGGGGCUUUUGAAUUCGAAAAGUGUCUUCAUCAGCGAACAUUUGUGAACUGCCCGGCUGAUUCAUGGACACAAAGCGAGGACUGCGAGAAGGCGAAGGCGUACAUGAGCGCGUGUCCCGUGGACAUGGGCCCGCCGCCGCCCCCACACGGGGGGCGGCACGGGGGGCGGCACGGGGGCGGCCGCGGGGGGCCUCCAGGCGGUGGCGAGCAGGGCACCUCCCAGCAGCAGCCCUCGUCCGAAUUCUCGCCUGAGGUCAUCACAUCAAGCGUACCAGCAGAAUGAGUCAAGAAUCACAGUGAUUGACACUUCAUAGUAUUCGCUGAAAUGAAGUGGAAUGAGAUGGAGUGAACCAGCUAUUAGUUUGUGUAGAAUAUAGCAUUUCGUUGGUGUAAAUUAAAGCUGAUUGAACUCUUCAAA